AUGCAGUCUCUGUCACCCUUAGAGAGAGAAGCGCUUGCCCCUGCCAUCAGCCACAGUCUGAAUCAUUGUACGAGCACAUCCACAAGCAGUACAAAAAGGAAGAGUGAUGAAUUCGAAGCAGACGAGCCUCAAUCGGAGAAUAUCACCGCUGUAUUCUUGUCUGGCAAUCUCCACGUAAUCACAUUCGCUUCGGUGACGCUUGUGGCGAGAGCAUGUCUCCCAUUGGCAUGGCUCGACGCCUCAAACUCGUUCCCUGAUCCAAUUUUCAAAGCAAACAUCCUAUCUGUACAGGAAUGGGAGCAACGAAUACUGGUGGUCCGGAAAACGCCAAAUGGGGGCCUGUAUGCAAUUGAAAGAGUUGGAUCGGAUACGUACAUUGCUUGUGCUCUUCACAAUUGGGUGUCGGAAGAAUGGUGUAAGGAUGCGGCGGUCGGAAAGGUGUCUGAGGCCAAAAUCGAGAAGUUAUUAAAGGGGGAGGAUGGCAUUCCUCGCGGUCGCAGCAGGAUGACUUCGCCUUCCAGUUUUAAUGCAGUACCUAACCCCCCCAAGCCCCCAAGACCUACGAAUCAACGAGGAGCACUCGCCAGGUUGUCGAUCUUGAAUCCUACGGACUCGACAAGUCAUGAGACGAAUUCUGAGAGACCCGCUUCUGCUGGCACUGCUGUGCAACCGGCUCUUGCUCCUUCGGUUACAGAGUCAUUACCAACAACUCCCGCCGGACAACCGGAUCCGUUCGACAACACCGUAUCAAUGGACGAGAUUCCUCCACCGGCUCAACCCAUGCAAGAAACGCCUGCAGUCGCAAUGGAAAAUCCAUGUGCUCCUGAUCGCCUUCGCACACAAUAUUUUGAACAUCUGUACACUUCCAAGACGUCUCUGGCUUUCUAUACGAAGGGCCCUCUGAGCCGUGCUCGAGCACAGAUACGAGCCGCUGAAUGUCCACCACGAUCAAUCUCGCAGUUGUCUGAAUUCUAUGAACAAAGUAUCCUUCCCAUCAAAAAGUUUGAUCUGAAGUACAAGGAGUCGUUGCCGAAAGUGAUCAAAGAAUUGCCCGUUGAACAGGAUUUUGCCGAUGCAAUGAAGAAAAAGACUCGAAAGAAGAAAAUGAAGUUAGGGAAAGACUGCUUGUGGCCAGAAGAAGAGGAAUUCAUUGCGAAGUGGUGGCGAAGCAGGGACUUGAAGUCAAGUGUCUCCCCCACUGAUCUGACAGAGGAGAUGCGUAAAGAAUUGACAGAUUUACGAAUGAGGGAAGCUCAAAUGCAGACGUUGCUGAUCCUGGAAGUCAUCUUACUGGAGCGGGCCGGCGCAAGAAUAUCAGGCCAGCCAAUCUCAACAGAUCCAGAAGUCAAAGUUGAAUCUGUCGAGGGUGAUUCUGCAACAAUAUUAGCAGGCACGCCAAAGAGACCUAGCAAAAAGCGUGACCUUUCCCGUGAACUCGAUACGAUUGUGGAUCGUCUCUGUAUAUGGCACACCGUGAGCCUGGAUGACCUUGCUACAACGGAGAAAUCGCAGGACAGCAGCCACCCGAAGCCGAUCGACUCACUUCGAGACUUUUGCAACGAUGUCCUCCUCCCAUUCUACUCCGCUAAAUUACCGGGCCAAGUGAAAUCAUUAUCUCGAAAACUUGGUGGACACGAAAUAUCACCGCAGAGACCCAAGCAACAAUCCCGGUCCACAACGCUUGCCAAAUCUUCAUCUUCAUCAGCAGCUCUUUCAAGAUCCAAAGCCAAUCAACCCUUGACCAAACGCACUCUGGAACGGGUCCUCAGCGAAGACCAAAUCCGCCGCCACGCCUCACCCCCAAUCUUAACCCGCUCCUCGACAGUUCCCAUGACUGCCGCUGUCCCGACCUUGAAGCGUGAACCUUCCGAAAGACCUGUCUCCCGGAGCGGCCUGCUGUCUAAAUCUGCCAGUUUCAGCAAUCGCGAAAUCGAUCUCGUUGCCCACUCCAAGGCACACGAAGCCAAGCGUCGUAAACUUGAUCGGUUAGCGCAACAGAAACGGGAACUCGAAGCCGCUAUCAACGCGCUGAAGAGACCGAAUCGGAGCACCGUGGCCGGCGCAUUCAUGGACGAGGUAGAGAAACGGCAGGAGAAGUCCAUUCAGAUUUCAGCUACGCCUCGAUCCCGGCGGGUGAAGGAGAGGGCAGAGCAUUUAGAGCCCGAACUGCCUCCGAUGCCCAAAUCGAGUCGUCAGGGACAGGAGAUGACGAUGGUUCCCUCGUCAACAGUGAAAACCCGGCCCCGACCGAGCCUCUCCAGUUCAGAUAGUAUCCCCCGAUCAUCAACCACGAAACGGGCAGUAAUCUCCGCCAUCCAGGAGACGCCCUCGAGAGGAUUGGAAAGUAAGACUUCAAAUCCGCUAGCCCUACCCCGACUAUCAGAAUCGUCUGCCACGAGCAUAGCAGCAACACCAGCUCCAAAGCGAACACAUUUUCCUGCUGAGACGGAUUCGGAAGUCCCUGAACCCUUAGUCGAUGCCGGUUUGUCCUCGUUCCAGCCUCAGAAUCACACAAGAACCGCCUCUGGAACAAAGAGCCCGCUCAAUCUACGGAUGACGCGCUCUCAACGCCCCGUUUUGUUCACGCCGUUAAAGAAAUCUGACGUGAACAUUGAACAAGUGUUUCGCAAUGCCCCGGAGAUCCCAGAACGGGCAGGCCGGAUGAUGGAUAGAGUAAUGGGCGGCAAAGGGCGAGGUUUAGAAGCCGGAUUUGACACCCGGAGCGAUGAUUUGGAGUGGAAAACUGCAUUGAGAAGAGGUCCCGAGACGAAAAUCACGAUGGAUGACGGAGAUGAUGGAGAUAUUUAUGAUAAACUGGGCUGGAACGAUGAUUUCGACCUCUGA